AGCGUGGACCGCGGCGCGGCGGCGUGACUGCUUGCCCGCGGCGAGGACACUGUGCGGCGGCGCAGCCCCGGGGCCCGCGGAGCCGGAGCAGGCGGCCGAGCCCGGGCAUGGUGGUGUGGGGCAACGCGGAAGAAGCUCCACCAUGAGGCGAGGUGGAUGGAGGAAGCGAGCUGAAAAUGAUGGCUGGGAAAAAUGGGGUGGGUAUAUGGCUGCCAAGGUCCAGAAGUUGGAGGAACAGUUUCGAUCAGAUGCUGCUAUGCAGAAGGAUGGGACUUCAUCUUCGAUUUUUAGUGGAGUUGCCAUCUAUGUUAAUGGAUUUACAGAUCCUUCUGCUGAAGAAUUGAGAAAGCUAAUGAUGUUGCAUGGAGGUCAAUAUCAUGUCUAUUAUUCCAGAUCCAAAACAACACACAUUAUUGCUACAAAUCUUCCUAAUGCCAAAAUUAAAGAAUUAAAAGGGGAAAAAGUAAUCCGACCAGAAUGGAUUGUGGAAAGCAUCAAAGCUGGGCGACUCCUGUCCUGCAUUCCGUAUCAGCUGUACAACAAGCAGUCCGCUGUGCAGAAAAGUCUGACCUUCAGUGCUGUAUGUAAACCUGAGGAUCCCCUGCCAGGUCCAAGCAGUAUAGCCAAACAGUUCAACAACAGGGUAAAUCACAUAAUUAAGAAGAUUGAGACAGAAAAUGAAGUCAAAAUCAAUGGAAUGAAUAGCUGGAAUGAAGAUACAAGGAAUGAUUUUAGCUUUGUGGAUCUGGAGCAGACCCUUCCAGGAAAGAACCAGAAUGGAAUCCUGCAGCCCAGAGGCAGCAGUGCCAUUUUUAAUGGACACACUCACAGCUCUAAUGGUGCCUUAAAGACACAGGAUUGCUCGGUGCCCCUGGGCAGCAGCGUUGCCCGCAGGCUGUCUGCAGACUCUGGCCGGGAGAAGGCCGCUGAGCAGAGCAGCACUGAUUGCCAGGACUGCACGCCGCCGCCGCCGCCGCCGCCGCCGCCGCCGCCGCAGAGCACCAGAGGCGCAGAUGCAUUGCAGAACCCUCACAGAACUAGUUCUCUCUCUUCAUCUUUGCACAGCAACAUUAAAAUCAAUGGUGCUCACCAUUCCACUGUUCAGGGGCCUUCAAGCACAAAAAGCACUUCUGUAGUACCUACUGGUAGCAAGGCAGCACCUUCAGUGCCAUCCAAACCCUCAGACUGCAAUUUUAUUUCAGACUUCUAUUCUCAUUCAAGACUGCAUCACAUAGCAACGUGGAAAUGUGAAUUGACUGAGUUUGUCAAUAUGCUACAAAGACAAAGUAGUGGUAUCUUUCCAGGAAGGGAAAAGUUAAAAAAAAUGAAAUCAGGCAGGUCUGCCCUUGUUGUAACUGACACAGGAAAUAUGUCAGUAUUGAGUUCACCCAGACAUCAGAGCUGUAUAAUGCAUGUUGAUAUGGAUUGCUUCUUUGUGUCAGUGGGUAUACGCAAUAGACCAGAUCUCAAAGGAAAACCAGUGGCUGUGACAAGUAACAGAGGCACAGGAAGGGCACCUUUACGUCCUGGCGCUAACCCCCAGCUGGAGUGGCAGUAUUACCAGAACAAACUCCUGAAAGGCAAAGCAGCAGAUAUACCAGAUUCAUCAAUGUGGGAGACUCAAGAUUCUGUACAAACCAAUGGAAUUGAUUCUGUUUUGUCAAAGGCUGAAAUUGCAUCUUGUAGUUACGAAGCCAGACAAGUUGGCAUUAAAAAUGGAAUGUUCUUUGGGCAUGCUAAACAGCUGUGCCCUAAUCUUCAGGCUGUGCCAUAUGAUUUUGAUGCAUAUAAGGAGGUUGCCCGAACAAUGUAUGAGACCUUGGCAAGUUACACUCAUAAUAUCGAAGCUGUCAGCUGUGAUGAAGCACUGGUCGACAUCACUGAGAUCCUUGCAGAGACCAAACUCACUCCUGAUGAAUUUGCAAAUGCUGUCCGUAUGGAAAUCAAAGACCAAACUAAAUGUGCUGCCUCUGUUGGAAUUGGUUCUAACAUCCUCCUGGCUAGAAUGGCAACUAGAAAAGCAAAACCAGAUGGACAGUACCACUUGAAACCAGAAGAAGUAGAUGACUUUAUUAGAGGUCAGCUAGUUAUUAAUCUACCAGGCGUUGGACGUUCAAUGGAAUCUAAGUUGGCAUCUUUGGGAAUUAAAACUUGUGGAGACUUGCAGUAUAUGACCAUGGCAAAACUCCAAAAAGAAUUUGGUCCCAAAACAGGUCAGAUGCUCUAUAGGUUCUGCCGUGGUUUGGAUGACAGACCAGUUCGAACUGAAAAGGAAAGAAAGUCUGUUUCAGCUGAGAUCAACUAUGGAAUAAGGUUUACACAGCCGAAAGAGGCAGAAGCUUUUCUUCUGAGUCUUUCAGAAGAAAUUCAAAGACGACUUGAGUCUGCUGGCGUCAAGGGCAAACGUCUGACUCUGAAAAUCAUGGUGCGAAAGCCUGGGGCCCCUGUGGAGACUGCAAAAUUUGGAGGCCAUGGAAUUUGUGAUAACAUUGCCAGGACUGUAACUCUUGACCAGGCAACGGAUAGUGCAAAAGUAAUUGGCAAGGCUGCACUAAACAUGUUUCACACCAUGAAACUCAAUAUAUCGGAUAUGAGAGGGGUUGGGAUGCACGUGAAUCAGCUGGUGCCCGCUAACCUGGCGCCCUCCACAUGCCCUAGGCACUCAGCAGCUCAGUCGAGCCACCAUCCUGGCGGACUGCGUUCUGUCCAUGAUCUCUUCCAAGUCCAGAAAGCUCAGAAAUCCACAGAAGAGGAGCACAAGGAAGUGGUUCUGUCUGCUGUGGACCUGGAUAUGUCGUCUGCCUCUAGAACUUGCACUUUGUUGCCGUCUCUUCCUGCACGUGUGCCAGCGUUUCCCAGUCCUGACACCAGCAGAGCCGAGUCUGCCGGGAAAUGGAAUGGUCUGCAUUCUCCCCUCAGUGUGCAGUCCAGACUGAACCUGAGUAUAGAAGUCCCGUCACCUUCCCAGCUCGAUCAGUCUGUUCUAGAAGCACUUCCACCUGAUCUCCGGGAACAAGUAGAGCAAGUCUGUGCUCUUCAGCAAGGAGAGUCCCAUGGCCACCAAAAGAACCAACCAGUAAAUGGCUGCAAUACAGGAAUUUUGCCACAAGCAGUUGGGACAGUUUUGUUGCAAAUACCAGAACCUCAAGAGUCUAACAGUGACGUGGGAAUAAAUGUAAUAGCCCUUCCAGCGUUUUCACAGGUGGACCCUGAGGUGUUCGCCGCCCUUCCUGCUGAGCUGCAGAAGGAGCUGAAAGCAGCCUACGAUCCACGGCCACGGCCAGGAGAGACCACCCCUCCCCAGCCCCCAGCCGGCACAUCCGUGCCAAAGAACCCUUUACUUCACUUAAAGCCAGCAGCAGUUAGGGAAAAGAAAAGAAGCAAGAAAAAAAACCCCGUCAGUCCCCACAAGAAGAUCCAGAGUCCUUUGAAAAACAAGCUCAACAGUCCUGCAGCAACACUGCCAGGGGCCUGUGUGAGUCCCCAGAAGCUCAUCGAUGGGUUUCUGAAGCAUGAGGGACCUGCUGAGAAACUCCCGGAACACGCUGCUUCCACGUCAGAUGGGCCAGGCCCUUCCAGUCUGCAGCCCGGGAGACCCCCAGCCCCCAAUCUAGCUGGAGCUGUGGAAUUCAGCGAUGUGAAGAACUUGCUCAAAGAAUGGAUAACCACUAUUUCAGAUCCAAUGGAAGAAGACAUCCUGCAAGUUGUGAAAUACUGUACCGAUCUAAUAGAGGAAAAAGAUUUGGAAAAACUGGAUCUAGUUAUAAAAUACAUGAAAAGGUUGAUGCAGCAGUCAGUGGAAUCGGUUUGGAAUAUGGCAUUUGACUUUAUUCUUGACAACGUUCAGGUGGUUUUACAACAGACUUAUGGAAGCACAUUAAAAGUUACAUAAACAUUGCCAGGGAGCCUGGGGCUCUCCGCUAGCUGUGCCAUAAGUGCUUGUGAGGUAUUUGCAAAGUGCAUGGUAGUGAUGCUGAGUUUUUAUAAUUUUAAAUUUCUUUUUAAGCAAGUGUUUUGUACGUUUCUUUUCAAAAAGUGCCAAAAUGUCAGUAUUGCAUGUAAAUAAUGGUGUUAAUUCUUUUACUGUAGCAUAGAUUCUAUUUACAAA